AUAAUAUUAAUUUGGUCUUCUUUUUUUCUCCACCAUCUCCAAACUCAGCCAAACCUCUCCAACCUUUGCCUUCAUUUUUAUUUUUUUCCUUCUUUUUUUUCUCCAUCUUCUCCCUGAUUUUAAUCGUUUUCUUCUUCGUUUUUUAUCACGAUCCGAUUUUUAGCCUUGUUUUCUUCUUCGAUCUACAACAUCUCUGCGUGUUUUCUGUAUUUUUUUCAUUAAUUUUCUCGAUUUUUCUUGAACAUGGCGCAAGAAAGCUGCAAUCUUGACAAAGAUGAAGCUGAGAUCUUGAAACCGAGCUCUUCUUCUCCUCCUUCUCCGCCUUCUCCGGCGGCUGCGGCGGCUCCAUCUUCAUCUCCUCCGUCUCUGUUUCUCAAACAAUCGUCUCAGGAAUUUCAAUCUCCAAGGCCGGAGAGGCCAGAGGUGGAGGCGACGGCGGCGGAGUCAAUCGCUGGGUCAUCAUCCGAGAAGCCAGAGGUAGCUACGUCGGUGAAGUUCGCAAACCGAUGUUCUAGUUGCCGGAAAAGGGUAGGGCUCACCGGGUUCCGGUGCCGGUGCGGCGAUUUGUUCUGCGCGCGCCACCGGUACUCGGAGUUACAUGAUUGUUCCUUUGAUUACAAGGCCGCCGGCCGGGAAGAGAUCUCCAAGGCCAAUCCUCUCAUCAGAGCCGCCAAAAUCAUCAAAAUCUAAAGAGGCUCAGGCUUUUACUGGUGUGGCUGGAAAAGGUUGGCUUUUGAAUGGUGGAGGGGCCCUUAGUGAUUUGUUUCUUUGUUUGUUAGUGAUAUGUGACAUUGGAUUCCAUUCUUUCUUCUGUGGUGGAUCUAAUAUUAAUGUUGUAUGCAUUCAAUCCUUUAGUUGAAGGCCUUGAGUUUUUAGGCAUUAUUCUUGUUUCUGGAACAUGAUUAGCAGCUGAAUUAAGUGUUAAUCACAUGAUUACUGCACAUCAUAUCAAAUAAAUUCUCAUAUUUUUGAAUACUGUUACUAUGAUAGAGUAUGAAUAGGACAAACCGUGUCUCUGUGUUUAGUUUAUCUUAAGCCAUCCUUUGGUAAAGCCUUGAUUUUUAGGCAUUAUUUUUUUUUGUUGGAACAUGAUUAGCAGCUGAAUUUAGUGUUUCUUACGUGAUUACUGCACAUUAUAUUAAACUAAUCCUCGUAUGUUUGUAUAUUGUUGCUAUGAAAGAAUAUGAAUACAACAAACCAUUUCUGUGUGUUUAGUUUAUCAAAUUAAUCAUCAUAUGGAACAUGAUUAGCAGCUAAAUUAAGUCUUAAUCACAUGAUUACUGCACAUAAUAGUUGAAUUAAUCCUCAUAUUUUUUGUAUAGAGUAUGAACACAACAAACCGAGUCUCUUGUGUGUUUAGUUUAUAUUACUGCAUCAAUGAAUCAGUAUGACAAUGUGUUUCUAUUAUCAGAUAUCUUCAGCUACUUAAUUGUAACUACUGUCACUAGAAAGAACAGAAAUACAACAAAUGUUAUGUGACGAUGUUUUAACUGACUUUCGAAUACCAUGUUUACCUUAAUUUUAUUCACCUAAAAUGAAAGUAUCAUGUCAAAUGAUGAAUUAAUUAAUUGAGUGGUUGAGGUGUUAAUUUCUCUUGACACCAAACAAAGUAUUCUUAGUCUCAUCUAUAUUGACAAAGCUUUUUAAUUUCUUAUUG